GACCGGUUGGUUGCUUGAAACACUGCUUUUUUGUUAAGCAGGAGUUUUUCUUGUGGAGAAAAAGGACGGGCCUUCGGAAGAGAACCAAAAAGCCUGAAUUUACAGUGAUGACUGUGCUGGUUCUCUACACACUGUGAUGUGAUAGAGAUUUAUAACUUACUUUUGUAUUGAAAAUUGAUUGAAACCCUAAGCCUGAAUUUGAUUGAAGUUAAUCAAUGGAGAAUCCUCCUCCUUCUUCUCCUUCUCCUCAUACUAAUGAAGGAGCUGCUUCUGACAGUAAGGAUUCUGCGGUUGAUAAGUACAAUGUUGAAGCCGCUGAAAUCCUAGCCAACAGUGCUCAGCAUCUGCCAAUUAGCCAGGCAGCACCCAUAUAUGAGCAACUUCUCUCAUUGUAUCCUACAGCUGCCAAAUUUUGGAAGCAAUACGUGGAGGGUUAUAUGUCAGUAAACAAUGAUGAUGCUACAAAGCAGAUAUUUAGCCGCUGUUUACUCAAUUGCCUUCAAGUUCCUCUUUGGCGCUGCUACAUUCGGUUCAUUAGAAAAGUCAAUGACAAGAAGGGUGUAGAGGGCCAAGAAGAAAUUAGAAAAGCUUUCGAUUUUAUGCUUGGUUAUUUAGGAACAGACAUAGCAUCUGGACCUGUAUGGAUGGAAUACAUAGCUUUUCUAAAGUCACUACCGGCGCUAAAUGCACAAGAAGAGUCACACCGUAUGACUAAUGUACGGAAAGCAUACCAAAAAGCUAUUGUUACUCCUACCCAUCAUGUUGAGCAACUCUGGAAGGAUUAUGAAAAUUUUGAAAACUCUGUCAGCCGACAAUUGGCCAAAGGAUUGGUAUCUGAAUAUCAGCCAAAAUAUAACAGUACCAGGGCUGUCUAUAGGGAACGAAAGAAGUAUGUUGACGAAAUUGAGUGGAAUGCGCUUGCUAUUCCACCAACGGGAUCUUAUAAGGAAGAAUUGCAAUGGAUGGCUUGGAAAAAAAAUUUAGCUUUUGAAAAAGGAAACCCCCAAAGGAUAGACAGUGUGUCCUCCAGUAAACGGAUUAUAUUCACCUAUGAACAGUGUUUGAUGUAUUUAUACCAUUAUCCCGACAUAUGGUAUGACUAUGCAACUUGGCAUGCAAAAAGUGGCUCUAUAGAAGCCGCAAUCAAAGUGUUCCAGCGGGCUUUGAAGGCUCUUCCAGAUUCAGAUAUGUUGAAAUAUGCUUAUGCUGAGUUGGAGGAAUCCCGAGGAGCAAUUCAGCCUGCAAAAAAAAUAUAUGAAAGACUUUUGGGUGACGGUGUUAGUACAACAACACUAUCACAUAUACAAUUUAUUCGCUUCCUUAGAAGGAAUGAAGGGAUUGAAGCAGCUCGGAAGUACUUCCUGGAUGCUCGUAAAUCCCCAAACUGUACAUAUCAUGUGUAUGUUGCAUAUGCUUUGAUGGCCUUUUGUCUCGACAAAGAUCCGAAGAUGGCACACAAUGUUUUUGAAGCAGGACUGAAACGAUUUAUGCAUGAGCCUGUAUAUUUUCUAGAGUAUGCAGAUUUCUUGUCACGUUUAAAUGAUGACAGAAACAUCCGGGCUCUAUUUGAGAGGGCACUAAGCUCCCUCCCGCCAGAGGAAUCUGUUGAGGUUUGGAAACAAUUUACUCAAUUUGAGCAAACUUAUGGAGAUCUAGCUAGCAUGUUGAAGGUUGAGCAAAGAAGAAAAGAAGCUCUUUCAAGAACAGGUGAAGAUGGAGCAUCAGCAUUAGAGAGUUCUUUGCAAGAUGUUGUGUCACGGUACAGUUUCAUGGAUCUUUGGCCAUGCUCUCCGAAGGACUUGGACCAUUUAUCUCGACAAGAGUGGCUUGCUAAAAAUAUCACUAAGAAAAUGGAGAAAUCUGCUGUUUCCAAUGGAUAUGGGAUUGCAGAUAAGGGUAAUACAGGUCUGAAGAGCAAUUCAGCUGUAUCAGCAAAAGUUAUUUUUCCAGAUACUUCUCGUAUGGUGAUUUAUGAGCCAAAGCAAAAGCAUGAAGAUGGAAUUUCUCCAAGCUCAAUACCAGGAUUUGGGACUGCUUCAAACCCACCUAGUGACAUUGUUGGGUUGGUGGGCACCGGAGGAACCAAUGCAAUUGAUGAAAUUUUGAAAGCAACACCAUCUGCUCUAGUAUCUUUUUUAUCAACCUUGCCUAUAGUUGAAGGUCCAACACCAAACGUAGAUAUAGUGCUGUCAAUUUGUUUGCAGAGUGAGAUACCAAGUGGACAGAUGGGGAAGUUGGGAAUGUCCGCUGCUUCUGUUCCUGCUACAAGCGACUUCUCUGGUUCAAGCAAGUCUCGUCCAAUUAUCAAACCAUCAAGGGCUGGAAAAAGGAAGGAGAUAGAAAGGCAAGAGGAGGAAGAAAGUGCAAGUGUACAAAGCCAGCCUCUGCCUAGAGAUAUAUUUAGAAUAAGACAGUCUCAAAAAUCACGCGUAGGUAGUGCUGCUUCACAAACAGGAUCAGCAUCAUAUGGAAGUGCUCUUUCUGGAGAUGUAUCUGGUAGCACUAGCUAAUUCUUUCCCUUUUUUGUGUAAAUGGUUUAUCGAUAUGUAUUUCUUUUUCGUUGAAGAUGAAAUAAAUUUCUGAAAUCGGAAAAUUUGCCAUAAUAUAUUUGAUCCUCGCUAAUAUUAUGAAAUAUAGUUUAAAUU